AUGAUUCAAAAUUUAAUUUGGGACUCUAUUAGUUUUGCUCUUGGAGAUAGAGAAAAAGAUACUUCUUCAAUGGAAGAUUACGAAAAUUUGGAAAUAAUUGGAGAAGGGACGUAUGGGGUAGUUUAUAAAUGUAAAUGUAAGCAAUCAGGAGAACUUUUUGCAAUAAAAACGUUUAGAAAUGGUAAUAAUGAGUUUUCAACAACAACUCUCAGAGAAAUAUCAAUAUUACGUGAGAUUAAUCACCCUAAUAUUGUUAGUGUUCAGGACGUCAUACUUUCAUCUAAUGGUGUUAAUAUAGUAUUCGAUUUUUUUCCUUAUGAUCUUAAACGUUACCUUUCAAUGUUUCCUGAUAAAAUUCCGCCAAUGAAAUUCAUCAAACAUAUCAUUUUUGAAAUAUUAAGAGGCAUAUUUCAUUUGCAUAUGCACAGAAUUAUUCAUCGCGAUUUAAAACCUCAAAACAUUCUCAUUGCAUGUGAUAGAAACCUUCCAGAUGUCAAGAUUGCAGACUUUGGGCUUUCUAGAAUUCUAUCUACUCCAUUCAAAACAUUAACUAGGGAAGUUGUCACACUUUGGUAUAGGGCACCAGAACUUCUUUUGGGACAUAAGAAUUAUUCUAGUUCCGUCGAUAUUUGGAGCAUCGGUUGCAUAUUUGUUGAACUCCUGAUUGGUAGACCGAUUUUUUCUGGGGACAGUGAAGUUUCAACUCUUUUUAAAAUUUUUAAAACACUGGGAACUCCAAAUUCUAGAGUUUAUGCUGGCAUCAGUUCUCUUCCGAACUAUAGCUCCGAUUGGCCAAAGUGGGAAAUAGAUGAGAAUUGGAUUGAUAAUCAAAUAAGUAUUUAUUCCCCAACCAAACAAUAUUUAUUAGAAACUGACGCAAAAAAUCUAAUAAAAAUGUAA